AUGGAGCCCAGUGCUUGCAGGAUGCCUGCACUCCUCUCCUGCAUCCACUCCCUGCAGCUUUGGCAUCUCCUCCUCCUGGUCUCCGCCGUCCCUCCUCCCGGCGUCUGGUCGCUUCGCUCUCGGGGCCCGGCGGCCGCUCGGCCUCUUUGCGCCCGUCGGAGCCCCUCCGCCUCGCGGCCCAUUUGCAUCUGGGACAGGACCUCGGUGCCGGAGAGGGAUUCUCGCUUCGCCCUGCCGCGCCAGCGGGCCCUGCCCUCCCGGGGGGGAGAGCUGCGGCACGUCGUGCGGCUGAGGCGCCAGGCAGUGGGGGCCCGUCCCGCCACCCCUUCCGGAUUUGAGGACGGCAUGCCCUCCUCCCAGUACCCCUGGGCCAUCGUUUGGGGCCCCACCGUGUCGGAUGAGGACGGAGGGGACACCAACUCGGCCAACCCAGGCUUCCCACCGCUGGGAUACACCUUUGUCUCACCACACGGGAUGGCAACGGCACAGCCCAACUCCCACUCGCUCCUGCACAACGCGGGGCUCAACCUGCGCGAGACCCCGGCCACCCUGCGGCCCUUCUUGUUUGGGCCCCGGGGGGAAGGUGUGGAUCCCCAGCUGUACGUCACCAUCACCAUCUCCAUCAUCAUUGUCCUGGUUGCCACUGGGAUCAUAUUCAAGUUCUGCUGGGACCGUAAUCAGAAACGGCGGCGUCACUCGGGGCAGCAGAGCGGUGGGAGGCAGCAGGAGAGCCAGCAGCCCCUCACGGACCUCUCCCCCACCACCGUCAGCAUCCUGGGGCCCUAUGGUGACUCCCUGGCCCCCACGCCCGAGGCGGAGGAGUCCAGGCAGGGCCAGGAGGGUGCAGAGAAACUGGGAGGCCACGGGAAGAGCACGGCCUUCCAGCUCAACCGAAUCCCACUGGUGAACCUGUGA